ACAUAUUAGAGGCCUUCAAGUAAUUAAAGCCGCAUCGCAGUUCACCAUUUCUCGUCCAUAUCAUGAAUAUCCCCAGGAAUCGCACUACUCAGCUUCCGCAAACUUUGCCAUCACAUGAGCCUAAAGGAGCGACAAAAAGCUCCAGGAAGGGAUCCGUCAUCACGAAGAACUCCUCGGCUUCUGCUGGUCGCGUCGCUUUUGAGAAAGCGCCAGGCAAGCUGUCAAAGAAGAAUUCAGACUUCCAGACCUCUGCUUCGAGUCACGAGAUAUACUACCGAGUCGACCAGGCAGGUGCCGGUCUAUUUGCCAUCAAGGACGCACCCUCUUUACCAACUUGCACGAUCAAAGAGUAUCAAAACCCAAAAUCUCAGAACGUUCGAAAUCUAGUGCCUAUCCAGCACAAAAAUUUAGUGUCAUUACUAGGGUUUUUCGAAACGAAAAGGCAUGGAUAUCUUGUUUAUGAGUACGAACAUAUCCCAAUAACGCUGGGUUGUGUUGCUGGAUUUACCCGAUUUAACGAACCAGAUAUCGCAACUAUAUGUCGAGAAGUGUUGGAGGGGCUAAAGUUUAUUCACACAGAGCUUAAGAUCUCUCAUGGCUCAAUAAAAUGCAGCAACAUCCUCUUAACUUAUUCAGGAGAUCUCAAAAUCGGUUUGUACCGCGCAUAUGAUGACUGGAUCCCAAAUAACCGGUGUGUAGCAAAUAUCGGUGAUAGCAUACUCCAAGGAACGACAUUGCGGGACCGGGACAAGGAUCUUCGAGCUGUGGGGGCAAUAGCGAUUGGACUCAGCGACCAACCCACGCUGGUGCGAGAAGAGCUUCCCGAGGCGAUCCCAGCAACGUCAGAGCUUUCCACUUCAGCACGAAAUUUCAUCGAAAACACCAAACGGUGUCGGGUUGAUGAACUUUUAGAGGAUGACUUUCUAAAGAUUGCAAGUCCUGGAGGCGCAUGGAGUCUUAAGCCACAUUAUUUUGAAGCUCUUCCGUUUUCAUUUAAGGUUGGGGUUCGGCUUCCAGAGAACCCUUGUACAUAAUCAGCUAGUUAGUUUAUUAAAGAAUUUGACAGA